AUGGACGAAGAAGAAUUUUAUGAAAAUCUAAAGAAUUUUCAUGGUCCUGAGAAGUAUUUGGAGUUGUCUCAAACUAACCUAUUUGGAGCCAAGCUUGACUUGUUCCGUUUCUACAAAUGUAUUAGACGUUUUGGAAACUUAACUGAGUCUAUGAUCAUCACACAUUGGAGGGAGAUCUGUUCCGAGAUCGGUGUUUUAAACCCAUCUGACUCCGUACCACCCGACGAGGCUCAAAAGGCCUCUCGUUACUUUUGUGAUCUUUUUUUCAACUUCAAUUAUCCAAACUACUCUGCCACUCAUGUAACCAAAUAUGAUGAAGCCACCAAUUCAUCCUCUUCAUCUGAAUAUAUCAAUACAAUUUCUAAUAGUGAUGAUGAGAAUGGAAUAUCAUAUAAAAAUGUCGUUUGGAUGGCCAAUCAUUUUCUAAACCAACAAAAAAGCAGCAUCCAUCACACUACUGGCACUCCUAAUACUCACAGUACUGACACUAAUACCACUGCCCAUACUACUCCAAACACCAAGAAUACUGACACUAAUAGUACUCCAAACACCCAUAACACUGUUAACACAUUCCAUAAUACCACCAACACACUUGAUAGUAAUAAUAGUGUUAACAGCGUUGACAUUAACCCUGUAAACAGCGUAAGUGAUGAACAAUGGAAACUGUCAAUAUAUGAAAAUAAUGCUCCAUUAACAUAUGAAUCUCAAACUAAAGUGGGUAAUGAGUAUAGUAUAGUGGAGGAAUCAAACGACAGUGAGAGUGAGGAAGAUGAGGAUUUGGUGUAUGACAUAAUAUAUGAAUUAUCAAAGUAUAUAAUUGGUAGAAUAGAAUUAGAGUAUAGUCUUAAGAUACUCUUGAAAACUCUAAUAAUAAGUAAUUUGCCAGAUAUUCCCAACCUCAUUAGUACUCUGUCACUCAUCAACUUCCAGUACACUAGCGAACUCACUAAAUCACAACAAACUGAGUCAAACAUAAAAAUUAUCAUCACAGUAAAUAAUAUACUAAUAUUGAUAGUGAGAAAUUCGUUCAUUAACUACGAAGAUUCGUCAACAGGUGAUACUAUUGAUAACGGAAUCAAUGAUAAAUUAACACUAUAUGACCAGGCCACAGUUUGUCUAAACUCGUUGCAACACUCUACUAUUACUCUUUUUAAGCUAUUCACCAGUAAUAAGAAUCGGGUUAAUGUUUUGGAUAUGUAUUCCGAAAGUGAUAUUUUGAGAUUGUCAGAUACAUUGAACAGUAUAUUACUUUUGAUAAAAUAUUUAAUAAUCAUCUCAACAUCUCAAUGGCAAUUUGAUCUAUUACACCUCUUCAUUAAUCAAGUCUUAUCAUCUCUCAUCAAUAAUAUUAAUAGUAGUGGUGCGGGUAGUGCAGUGAUUGGCACAUGUAACACAGUUGGUAAUACUAGUGAUGGUGCAACGGAAGUGGUAAAUGAGCAUGUAUUGGAAAGUCUACAAGUGUUUAUGAAAGGGUGCAAUGAGUUGUGUAAGAAGUUGAAGAGUAAAUUUUCCCUAAAGACAAUAGUGGAUUUGUACACCUUGUCAGUUCGGAUCCUCAAGUCUGAGGCUCUUUCUAACUCACUGAAGAAGGAAAUUUUUGAACUUUUACUCACAAUUCACACUUACUUUCACUUCUCAAAUCAUCACAUGCAUAAUAACAUACAAUUUGUCCUACAAUGUUUCAUACACAACCUCGUCAACCCCACCCAUACCACUGUUAACACUGGCAGUGCAGUUAACAGUAGUAACAGUGCUAACACUAGUAAUUGUGUUAAUAGUAGUAAUGGUGUUAAGAGUGAUAAUCGAGUGUCUGGGGACAACUAUGAUUCCAUUUUUAAGAGAAGAAAAAGGAGUAGAGAUGAGAAUAUGAAAUGUGUUUUCAAUAACCCAGAUAAUACCAAUACCACCACUAAUGCUAGCAAUAACACGAGUAAUCAUACUAACACUGGCGCCACUAAUAUCAGUACAAACCGUGAUGGAAUGGAUAACAAAGCUGAUGUUAACGUCAAUAUGGAAUGCUCAGUAAAAAGUGAGGAAAAUGAUGGAAAUACUCCUGAAGGCGAUGACUCUGUAGUGGGUACUAUUGGAAAUAAUUCGUCUGAUGCGAAUGGAAAAAAGUCGGUUGAUGUGGGUGAGGGUAAUUGUGUGGAGAAUAAUGAAGGUGUUCGGGAAAAUGAACAACUUACAUUAGAAGAUUCAAUUUCAUUUUUACAAUUUUAUUAUAAAACUGUUUUUGGCAUAUUCGCCAAUCAAUCUGCGACAUUACCAAUACUAGAUAAUACUAACGAUAAUGAUAAUAAUAAGGCUAAUAAUACCAAUAAGGAUAAAGAUAAAAUGAAUGAUGUGGAUGUGGAUGAGAAUGAAAUGAAUGAGAUAAUAUGUAAAUGUAUAGAGAAGUUGUUGGAAUAUUCAUUUUGUUCCGAAAUGCUGGAGAAGAAUUACGAAAAAUUGCUGGAAUGCGCUUUUAAAGAGCAUUCAAAGUCACUGUGGAGCUUAAUUCACAAGUUAUUGUCCAAAUGUAGUCACUUUACACUCAACUGCAGCAAUACCAACUAUCACAUUACACAUUUUAAACAAAUUCUCUAA